AUGCUGCUGUGGAUUCUCUCCACCUUGCUGGUACUCUUUGGUACCUUAGAUGUUUGGUACUUUAUCAGAGGAGCGUGGGCCGUCCUGGGAUCAUUGUUUCAGGAACCGGUUCCUGACGUGCUGGCCGAACAAGUCAUCGACUGCCGAGUGCUUCCUCACGACAUCGAUUACAUGGGCCACAUGAACAAUUCCCGCUAUCUUAGGGAAUGUGACUUCGCCAGGCUCGCUUAUUACACUCGCAACGGGCUUUUCCUGGCUGCUUUUAAACUCAGGACGAAGAUGGUAGUUGGAGCAUUGACGAUUCGCUACAGACGAUCGCUUGGACUGGGAGAGGCAUUCGAGCUGCGCAGCCGGAUUGUCACCUGGGAUGAAAAAUCCUUCUUCCUUGAACAACGUUUUGUGUCCAAGAAGGACGGAUUCAUCUCUGCUGUGGCACUUAGCAGGCAAAAUAUGAUUUGUGGCAGCCCGGAUCAAAUAAUACAGCAUGCCUUCAAGAGAAAGGUGGAUUGCCCUGCCAUACCAGAGGAUCUUCAGCACUGGAUCAACUACAACUCAGCUAGCAGUCAGGCACUGAGAGCAGAGAGUGGAUUAGAUGAGAAGACUAAAUGA